AUGCUGUCGCGCCACGAGGCCUUCUUCGGGAGCGCGGGCCACGACCGCGUCCGCGGCGCGACCGUCGUCGUCUUCGGUUUGGGCGGCGUGGGCAGCCACUGCGCGGUCAUGCUCGCGCGCGCCGGCGUCGCGGCGCUGCGGCUCGUGGACUUCGACCACGUGUCCCUGAGCUCGCUGAACCGCCACGCGGUCGCGACGUUGGACGACGUCGGGAGCCCGAAGGCCCGGGUCCUCGCGGACCACGUCGCGAAGGUCGCGCCCUUCGUCGCCGUCGAGGGCCUCCCCCAGAUGGUCACGGCGGCCUGCGCCGAGGCCAUGCUCGCGCCGGUCCACGGGCGGCCCGUGGACCUCGUCGUCGACUGCAUCGACGACGUCGAGACCAAGGCCGCGCUCCUGGAGACGUGCUGCCGGCUGAACAUCAAGGCGCUGAGCGCCAUGGGCGCGGGCGCCAAGGCGGACCCGACGAAGCUCUGCGUGGCGCCCCUGGCCGACGCCGUCCACGACCCGCUGGCCGUGAAGCUGCGCUGGAAGCUGCGGCAAAGGGGGGUC